AUGGACAAAGGCAAAGCAGUGAUGGGAACUGGUCGGAGAUGGGCCGUCGAUUUCUCCGACCAAUCCACUGUUCCAUCUUCCCGCGACAUCCUCGAUCCCCCUGGCUUCUCUCGUGCUUCUCCCGAACAGGAUGAUUCAGCAACGAGCCGUCAAAAGAAAGACGCUGAAGCUACUUGGAAACUUCAGAAAGCAUGGGAAGUAGCGCAGUCUCCAUUUAAGAAUUUGAUGAUGAUGGGAUUCAUGAUGUGGAUGGCUGGAAACACUGUUCAUCUCUUUAGCAUUGGUAUUACUUUCUCGGCUCUUUGGCAGCCUCUCAGUGCUCUUCAAAGCGUGGGAAAGAUUUUUGAGCCAUUCAAGGAUAAUAAGGUGGAACUACUUAUGCCUAAACUAGUGUUUCUUGCCCUUAACCUUGGAGGCUUAGCUUUGGGUAUCUGGAAGCUCAACACUUUGGGCCUUCUUCCAACACAUGCAUCAGAUUGGGUUUCAUCUCUACCUCCUCCUCAGGAGGUUGAACACUCUGGCGGAGGAUUUGCUUUCCACUGAUGAGCGUAUGUCUCUUUGAGAUAAUUACGAAAGAUAUUUAAGUGAUUUGUUCAAUUCUGGCAUGAUGGGAAGAUUCAUGUUGACUCUCUCUUCUCAUCUUGUGAUCUUCUUGUAGCAUUUUCAUAAACUCAGAGAAAACCAUAGCUUUUUCACUUAUUAGUAUGAUGUUCAUUGCUCAUCAUAACUAUGGAUUGUAUUAUUUGGCACUGAAGGUACCUGCUUCCUAGCUUUUUAGACACAAUAGAUAACGUUCCAGACAAAGGUUGGC